CAAACUGACAGAUGCGCAAGAUAAAAUGUCAUGGGCCGUCAGGAACUUGUAAAGAUCGUGGCGGUAUCGGCCACCCUGUCUUGCGCAGCCACAAUCCUCGACAACAUCGGACGACGCCGGUGGCCAUAAUGUUUCAGAUACCGAAAUAAACAAUGCACAAACACCAACCAAGUUUUACAUCACCACAGGAAUACAACAACUCCAAAAAGAUGUUAUAAUAGACAUAACAUAAACUAUAAUAUAAGAAAACCUAAAAUGGCAAGAACACAGCAACAAAUCGAAACAAAUAAUUAACACAAAGUCCUAUGACUUCAUUUUAAAAGCAUAAAAUUUCAUCAAUAUGAUUUUUAGCAGAGCAUUCUGUGGUGGUAUAAAACCAACCAGGUUAUGGCAUUUAACUGGAAAGAAACAUUACAAACAAUUGAUGGAUAACAGACACGAGGCGGGAAACCGUCCUUUCUAUCCUCGAGAUCGACCACAACUUCUACAACUAAUUGCACUAAAUGUAGCCACAUUGGGUGGCAUCCUUUACACCUACGGAUGGUUCACCCCCAAAGAAUGUCCUGGCGGUGACGAAAAAGUUGUCAACGAUCAAAAGGUGUGCAAAAAUAUCAAAGGACAACCAUGCCCGAUUGAAGAUAAAGGCACAAUGCCACGAAAGUGUCCGGAACCAAACAAGACAAAGAAAUAGACAUGAGCAACUAAAUAAAUCUUAAGCAAGCUUA